ACGAAAACUACUUUGCAAACUCUCAAAGGAAAAAAAGGCUGUUUUUGAUCUAUUUGCUUGUCUAAGUGAAGAGAGAUCGCAGUUAUUUCCCGUCUGUCUCGUGCUGUGAGCAGCAUCAUGUUGGACCCUCGGCUCUGUCUGGAGGCCCUGUCGGCUCUCAGCUGCUGUAACGUGGAGCAGACCAGCGGGGAAUCUCAGCUGACCCCGCAGGACUUUGUCACCAUCGUGGCCCUCAAGGAGUUUUACAAGCAGGAGGGCUUUAAGAUGCUGGAGUACCCCAGCAUAGGCUCUCUGUCCCUGCAGGACGUGGACGACCUGGACCUGUACAGCUCCCCUCCAGCUCUGGCAGAGGGGCCCUCCACCGCGGGGCCCCAGGAGAGCCUCAGGACCACCUUGAAGAUCAACCUGCAGGACUUCUUCCAUCCUCAGUACAACUAUGACUUCACCCACAUCAAGGACGGCAACAAAGAGUUCCUGCGUGGCAACGAGCCGUACGUUCGACCCUGUGGGUGGAACCGCAUUGCCCUGCGGGUGACGCAAAAGUACGAUUGCGGCGACGUCUGGCUCGGGAAGGGGAAGGACGCUUGGCCCGUCUCCUACCACGGACGGAACAUGGACGGCUCCCUCGGCAUCAUCCUGACACACAGCGGGAGCCCCGACGACGAGCCGAAGUUUCUGGAUGCCGCCGCCGCCACUCUGGUCAGAGAGGAGACGAGGGGCAGAGGGGUGUACUCCACGCCAGACGUCAAGAUGGCGGAGAAGUACUGCAAGAAGUUCAAGUCCAAAGUGGACGGGAAGACGUACAAAGUGGUUCUUCAGAACCGCAUCAACCCGGAGAAGAGACAGAAGUGCCAGCGGGAGGAUGUCUGGUUGAUCUACAUCCCCAAAGAAUUCAGCGACGUCCAGACGAGGGCCACCGUGCAGGAGUCCAUCCGACCGUACGGACUGCUGCUGAAGCAGGUGUGAGGACGCAGCUUCAGAGUUAAGGUCUUUGCACACUGAGUCCGUUUUUUGUCUGAAACUGCUGCACAUCUAACAAUAAAUACGACCUCACGUAGUCAGAUUUGCACACUGACUUUGAAGCUUUGUUGUUAAAAUUCUCAGAACACAUUCGAUUUUCAGCGAUUGUCGGCAUCAAUCAGAAGCCUUUAAAUCAGGGAUACUCAGCUUGCUCUUUUUGAGGGCCACUUGUGCAAAGUUACUGGAGGCCAGGGGCCAGUCACAGCAGCCCCAUACAUGUUCCUGAGGAUUUUAGGAUGAUUCAUGAGCGCUCAGAUGCUCGAUUAAGCUGACGCCAGUAUACCAGACACUAAAAGGAGUAAUUGAAAAUUAUCGGUUUGUUCAUUUUUGCCCAUCACUGUUUUCUGACCUUUAGGUUAUCCGCAUUUUGGGUCUGAGUAGAGGACCAUCUUUUGGGAGACAUUUAUCAGUGUUGCUAUUAAAAGGCCCGUCCAUGGAAGGACUCUAGGACUCUGAUAUGCAGACUGUGGGUCAGGGAUACUCAACUUUCUUUGCUUGGGUGCCAUUUGUGCAAAAUGACAGGGGACCAGGGGCCAAUCGCAGCAGCCCCAUACAUGUUUCUAGAUUUUUAGGACGUCUCUAGCAUUUUUAGAACCCUUUUCGGUUUUUAGGAUGUUUCUGGGUUUGAAGGGAGUUUCUAGGAUUUAAAGAUGUUUUCAAGAUUUUUGGACGUUUUC